UCAUUUUCUUUCUUUUUGGCGUGGCGUCACUUCGGAACGGUCGUGCUUUCGCGAAGUCGUCUUAUUGCUGAAAAGGAUAAUACAUUUUCAUUAAAAUUAUAAUUAGGGCGUUGUUUAGUUUAUUCUAUUUUUAAUUGUUUAAGAGUGAUAUCUAUCAAAAUGAGGCCCCAGCAGAACGGUGAUGAUGAAUUUGAUGAACCCGAAGUUCACCGCAAAAUAUUCAUCGGUGGAUUAAAUUAUCGUACCACAGACGACUCGCUCAAGUCUCAUUUUGAAAAAUGGGGCGAAAUUGUGGAUGUUGUAGUGAUGAAGGAUCCAAAAACCAAAAGAUCUCGCGGUUUUGGUUUUAUCACAUAUUCUAAGGCGCAUAUGGUGGAUGACGCGCAGAACAAUAGGCCGCAUCGUAUCGAUGGACGUGUCGUUGAAACCAAACGUGCUGUGGCUAGGCAAGACAUUAAAAAUCCUGAGGCUGGUGCAACAGUAAAGAAACUGUUUAUUGGUGGUAUCAAAGAUGAUCAUGAUGAGGAACAACUUCGUGAAUAUUUCUCAAACUAUGGAAAUGUACAAAAUGUCAGCAUUGUCACCGACAAGGCUACUGGCAAGAAACGUGGUUUUGCAUUUGUGGAGUUUGAUGAUUAUGAUCCAGUUGACAAAGUUUGCUUGAAUGCUCCACACAAAAUCAGUGGAAAACAAUUGGAUGUCAAGAAAGCCCUUCCUAAAGAUGGCGCAGAUCAAAGAGGAGGGGGCGGAAGACAGGGUCGAAAUGACAAUUGGGGUAAUUCAGGUGGCUAUGGAGGCAAUCAGGGUGGUUGGAACAAUUCCAAUCCAUGGGAUAAUAAUCAGGGAGGCUGGGGUGGUGGCAACCAGGGUGGUGGCUAUGGGGGUGGAAAUACUAGAGGAGGUGGGGGUUGGGGUAAUCAGGACUUCGGAAGCUAUAACCAACAAGGUUAUGGUGGGGGACCAACUCGGAAUCAGCAAUACAGCAAUAACAGGGCUGCCCCUUACAACAUGAAUCAGGGUGGGGGUGGUGGUGGUAGUGGCAACUAUGGCGGUGGGAAUUAUGGAGGAGGUCAGGGACGAGGGGGCAGAUUUUAAACAACGUUUCGUGCUAAGUACACUAGUAAAGCAGUGUUAACCGUGCUAGUGUAGGCAGUACGCUCCGGAGCACUCUAGAUACACACCUCAUGGUCCACACGCGAGACCACCUAGGAGAAGCCGUCAGGAAACCAUUAGACAUAUAGCUGGAGUCCUUGACUCUUACUUUAUAAAAAAAAUUAAAUAGAGUAUUUUUAAUGUGUACUGAUUUGUAAGUUGAUCUUCUAUUUAUUGUAGUACUUAGGUACUUACCGUGACAUACUUAUUAAGGAAAUAGUUAUGUAUUUUAAUGAGAUUUAGUUUCGUUUUUACGAGUAAUUAAGUACAAUUUAGGAUAAUCCCUGUAAGAGAUCCCACUAAAUAGCAGUUUCUUAAGAUCAGUGUGAAUAGACUUGUUCAAUCAUUUAAAAAUUUCUAUACAUUACUCAGUAUUAAGUUCUCAAAUAACUGUUAAUGAAUAUAGGUGUAGAAUUAUGACUUAUAGGUUUAAAAUUAAAUAUAAUGUAAAAAUAAAUUUUAAUACAAAUCAG